CUUUGUUGCACUUCCUGGUCCUACACUUAAAUGUAUCCUGAAAACAGACGCUGAAAAUCGGUUGCUUGGAGGUUUUUGGUUUACUUUGCGAUGGAAAGUGAGACUGACAUCUUUUACAAGGAGCUGCCCAAAGUGGUGAGUAGAGCUACAAAUGUCUAACAGUAAAUUUGACGAGAUGGAACUUUUAACGAAAUAAACGAGAAACUGGUAACACUUGUGCAAAGAUUACAUACUAACCCCAGCCUGUAACUGUCUCCAGGAGCUUCAUGCUCACCUCAAUGGAUCCGUCAGCGUCCAAACCAUCGAGAAAGUCAUCAGCAGAAAGCCUCAUCUUAACAUCGAGCAAAACAUGACUGCCAUCGGCAAAGGGCAGCGGAGGACUCUGGAUGAGUGAGUCGAAACACUGUCAAGUCUAAGUUUAAACACCACACUUUAUAUUCAUAUCAUCGUGCUUAUUGUGGGGUUUUUUAAGCAUAGUUAGGCAAAUGGUAAGCUAACGACAUUGAGAAGUGAAGGGAGGUCCUUUUUUGGCGUGAGUGUUUCAAGUGCGUGGUGCGCAUGUCUGCAGGUGUUUUCAGGUCUUCAAAGUCAUUCAUCAGCUGGUGGACUCGGAGGAGGAUAUUCUGAUGGUGAGGACUGUCUCUUACAUACAGGGAUAUUCCGGCGUAAAUUUAGUUUAGGGUAAAACACACCAUAACACCGAGUGAGACACCCCCUCCAGAGAUGAAUGUUGCUGACCGCUUGCUUCUCUAGUUAUACCAACUUUAGUAACGACCGCAGAAUAGCAAUACACAGCAGUCUGAGGAGCCAUAAACAAACCUCAACCAAAAUUCCACUCUAUAGCCACAAAUAAUGCUCAGAACAGCAUCUAACUUCAUCAACAGUACAUAUAGGGUCCUAGCCACAGCACUAGCCACCAAACAUCUUUUUAACUUUGCCUAAUAUCUUUAGCAAAGAGACUAAACACAAGUCACCGACUCUCUUCCAGCAGCAGCUUUUUUGUAGCGAGACCUCAGGCGAGUCCAUUACGGACUGCAGCGGGGUGACACAGCUCAAGGAAGAACAUUUAUGAUCAUUUCUUUAUCCGUAAUGGACUGGCCUGAGAUCUCGCCACAAACAAGCUGCUGCUGGAAGAGAGUAGGUGAGUUGUGUUUAGUCUCUUUGCCAAAGAUAUUAGACAAAGUUAAAAAGAUGUUUGGUGGCUAGUGCUGUGGCUAGGACUCUAUAUGUCCUGUUGAUGAAGUUAGGUGCUGUUCUGAGCAUUAUUUGUGGCUAUAGAGUGGCUUUUUGGUCGAGGUUUGUUUAUGGCUCCUCAGACCGCUGUGUAUUGCUAUCUGCGGUCGUUACUAAAGUUAACUAGAGAAGCAAGCGGUCGGCAAUAUUCAUCUCUGGAGGGGGUGUCUAACUCGAUGUUGUGUUUGACCCUAAAUUUUACGCCAGAAUAUCCCUUUAAACAUCAAUCAUUUGUUUGCUGUUCUUUUCAGGGAUGUCAACAGUAGGUGUUUCUUUUCUUACUUUCCAGGUGGCCACAGAUGUUAUCAAGGAGUUUGCAGCAGAUGGUGUCAAAUAUUUAGAGCUUAGAAGUACACCAAGGGAGGAGACAAAAACAGGUAAAGACAUCCAAAUCCGAUUGCAGGGUAAAACCCUCCGAACAGUUUUACUCUGGCUUUAGUUUGAAAUGUCUUUUUUACUUUCCCCCUAGGACUGACAAAAAAGAGUUACAUUGAAACUGUCAUAAAAGCCAUCCAACAAUGUAAAAUCGAUGGUGUGGAUAUAGAUGUCAGGUGGGCAUAGAUGCUAUUCUUACAGUUUACAAGCUGAGAGGUAUAAUUUUGAUGGAUCCAUUAACCAGAGCACUGGCUUUGGUUGAUAAUUGUGCGCUUAUUUGUUCUGUAGGUUUCUGGUUGCAAUUGACCGAAGGAAUGGGACUGAAGUUGCGAUGGAGACUGUGAAGUUAGCAGAGGAGUUCAUGCUGUCCUCUGAUGGUCUGGUGGUGGGACUUGACCUCAGUGGUGAUCCAACGGUCAGUAUGAGAGUUUAGAGCUUUCGGAAAAGAAGGUUUCUCUCAAAAUACCCACCAGAGCAGAUUCUAUUUAGACGAGCUGUUACACUAGAGUACUUUUUACAGGUCACAACAGGCUCAAAAUUAAUUAUCUAUAAAUCUCUAUAAACAACCAAAGGAAUAAUGUCUGAUAACAGGGUCUUUGUUGUGUAAAUUCUGUCAUGAUUUUGGUUCUAGGGCAAAGGUGAGGUCUCCCUCCUUGAAUAGUUGUUUCAGAUUUUCAUAAAUGGGGAAAAAUGUUGUCAGCUGUCAGUUAUGUUCUUUCAGAUGAGAGAGGCUCUGCUAUUGUUGUUGCCAUAAAAUAAGUGGUUUUGUUUCUAGGUUGGCCAUGGAAAAGACCUUCUGCCUGCCCUGCAGAAAGCAAAGAACUGUGGACUCAAGUUGUCGCUGCACCUUUCAGAAGUAUGACCACCACAAUCCGAGGGUUCACUGUAGUUAAAUUACUUGUGAGAAGUGUAACAUCUCAGUAUGUGCCCACAGGUACCCACUCAGCAAGAAGAGACAGACCUGCUGUUGAAUCUUCCUCCAGACAGGAUUGGUCAUGGAACCUUCUUGCAUCCAGAAGUCGGUGGAUCUCAAAGUCUUGUUGACAAAGUCCGUAAAAACAACAUACCUCUGGGUAAGACUGAAAUAAAAUGAUAUAUUUUCUGUGUUUGCACUGUGAAGUGACUUGGCUUUCUAAUUUUCCUUCUUUUUUUUUUUUUUAACUUAGAGCUUUGCCUGACCUCCAAUGUCAAGGGACAAACUGUGCCAUCUUACUCCAAACACCAUUUCAAUUACUGGUACCAGCUGGGUCAUCCCAGUGUGAUUUGUGUAAGUGUCCUUUUUUCACUCCGUUAAGCAUUUUCAACAUCUAAUUUCCUUUGAAACAUUUCCAUCUGAGGCUACACAGGAGAGCCAAACUCUGCAUUAUUUGUUUUACUUUGAUGUAGAACAAAUCAGUUUGAGCAAUUUUACUUAAAACCUUUCACAUAAAAUAUUAAACCUACACUUUAACUUCAUUAAGUUUAGUUUAGGAAAACCAAGCCCUAACUCUUGAUUAAAUACUGUAGUUUCUUUAUAUACACACACAUCAUGUCAGCCAACCCUAAAAACAAUCACUUUGUACACUUGCUUUAAUGCAACUUCUUAACAGACUAACUGCUAAACUGAUGGAGCACCACUACAGAAAUAUGAGCCAGAGGUGAUGCUUACUGGUGAAAAAAUUCAAGUUCCUCUUGAAUGAAUUUAUUUUUUUGUCCUAUUACAGACUGACGAUAAAGGAGUCUUCAGCACAGACUUAUCUCAGGAAUAUCAACUGGCAGCUUCCACGUUUGGUCUCAGUCAUGAGGAUGUCUGGAAGCUCUCCCAGCAAGCCAUAGACUGUAUUUUUGCACCAGAUGACAUGAUACAACAACUCAAACAAAAAUGGGUUGAUAUGAAGCCUCAGGUGUUCAAAUGAUUGCACAGUAGGAUUUAAACACCGCGUGAACCUCAGGUUAUAGUUUACAAAAUCUUUUUCAGUAUCUUUGUACAUGUCUGUCUAGGAACCAUGUAUAAUUAACUAAAAAGGGAAGUCUACAACUGUAUGUGAAAACCACUUUAAAAAAUACCUCUUUCAUUCA